GCGCGCACUACACCCGCACUCCUACGUGGUACGCAGGGAAGGGUCGCCGCAGUUAAGGACUCCGCUUCUUUCUGUUCCAACUCCAAAGCAUAGUACGGAUCAAUAUUAGGUUACCGAAGUCUCCUUAAAAGGGACCUCAAGAUGUCUGUGAGCAGACCUGGGAAAACCGGAGAAGUACCUGCUUAUACUGGAGUUGUGGGAAAUGAGUCUGAGAGUUUCGUGCGUACCAUGAAGGCAGACGCUCUACAGGAGUCUGGAACGUUGCCAACGCAGAAUGGUGGGGGCUGCAACACUGUCAUCAAUGGAGUGCUUGGUGAUGAUGCCGGCACUGAGCAGUGGGUGCGUCCCAAAGGCUCCAGUGCAGCCCCCCAGGUGGACGUGGAAAACAACCUUCUGCUGGACUUCAAGCUGGGAAGCAAGAAACAAGAGCCUGGUUCGUGUGCUGAAGCCCUGACCAAACUGUCCAGCUCAGCAGCACUCAAAGAGCCAGAGCAGACGUUCCAGCUUAAACCGGAAGUUUCCUUGGCCCCUGCUGAGCGUCUGUGGAGCACCGUCCGUGAGGAGCCCGUAAAACUGCGCACGGCCUCAUCGGGCGUCGGUUCUGCACCCCCCCUGACGGUCAUGCAGAUGUUUCAGGAGACGGUAGCCAGUCAUGGGCACCUGCCGGCACUGGUAUUCAAGCAGGGGGGUCAGUGGGUGACUCUGUCCUACAUGGAGUACUACCAGCAGUGCCGUGCAGCGGCGAAAAGCUUCCUCAAGUUGGGUCUAGAGCGUUACCAUGGUGUUGGAAUCCUUGGCUUUAAUUCACCAGAGUGGUUCAUUGCUGACAUUGGGUGUAUUAUGGCUGGAGGCUUGGCGGUUGGGAUCUACACCACAAACUCGGCUGAAGCCUGUCAGUAUGUCGCAGAUAACUGUGACGCCAACAUCUUGGUGGUUGAGAAUCAUAAACAACUUGUAAAAAUUCUGAAGGUUAAAGAUCAGCUACCGCACUUGAAGGCAAUUGUUCAAUACAAAGAUGAACUUGAGCAGAAGUUGCCGAAUUUGUACACGUGGAAGGAGUUCAUGCAGCUUGGUGUGACUGAGUCUGAUGAUGCCCUGGAUGAGAUCAUCCAUAGCCAGAAGGCCAAUGAAUGUUGCUCUUUAAUCUACACGUCUGGUACCACUGGAAGCCCCAAAGGUGCUAUGCUGAGCCAUGACAACAUUACAUGGGUUUCGCUCGCAGCAGGAACCAUGACGGAGUUGACCAAAGGCAUCGAGACCGUUGUUAGCUAUUUGCCCCUCAGCCACAUUGCUGCGCAGGUGAAUGACAUGUGGGUUGGCAUGCGCUUUGCAGCAACCACAUACUUUGCAGACCCAGACGCCCUGAAGGGAACCCUGGUAAACACUCUGCGUGAUGUGCGACCCACCACUUUCCUGGGUGUUCCCAGGGUGUGGGAAAAGAUGCAGGAGAAGAUGAAAUCCGUAGGUGCAAAGUCCUCCACACUGAGGAAGUGGGUUUCAGAUUGGGCCAAGGCAAUUGGGCUGCAGGCCAGCUACAAUGUCAUGAAUGGCAAUCCCACAGUUCCCUGGGGCCACCUGCUUGCAAACAACCUGGUUUUCAAGCGUGUGCGGGAAGCUCUGGGCCUGGACCGCUGCCACUCCUGCUUCACGGGUGCUGCUCCCAUCACCAAAGACACGUUGGAAUACUUCAUGAGUCUUGGCAUCCCCAUCUACGAACUGUAUGGCAUGAGUGAGAGCACUGGGCCUCAUACGAUCUCCUGGGGUGGUGGCUUCCGAAUCAUGAGUUGUGGCAAGGAACUCCCAGGUGCUCAGUCAAAACUGGACAAGCCGGACGCAGAUGGGAAUGGCGAGGUUUGCUUCUGGGGCCGCCAUGUCUUUAUGGGUUACCUGAAUAUGCCCGAUAAGACUGCGGAGGCCCUCGACUCGGACGGCUGGCUUCACUCUGGAGACCUAGGCAAGCAUGAUGACGAUGGCUUCUUGUACAUCACCGGCCGGAUAAAAGAGCUGAUAAUCACAGCAGGUGGGGAGAAUAUCCCCCCCGUGGCUAUUGAGGAUCGGGUGAAGGAGGAACUGCCCAUCGUCAGCAACGUCAUGCUGGUGGGGGACAAAAGAAAGUUCCUUGCAAUGCUGUUGACCCUCAAGUGUGUUGUAGAUGAGUCUGGAAACCCAACAGAUGAGUUGUCCCCAGAGAUGGUGGACUUCUGUAAGUGCCAUGGAGUGGCUGCCACCCGCAUAUCUGAUAUCACAACUCAGAAGGAACCGGCAGUGUAUCAGGCCAUCCAAAAGGGUGUAGACCGAGUCAAUACAAGGGCUGUAUCUAAUGCACAGAAGGUACAGAAGUGGACCAUUUUGCCACAGGACUUCUCGAUCUCAGGCGGGGAGCUUGGUCCCACAAUGAAAUUGAAGAGGCCGGUUGUUCACAAAAUGUACAAAGAAGAAAUUGACAACUUUUACAGAGAAUGAAAUAAAGGAAUGGGCAAAACGUGACAUGAGUUCUGCGAUUUGUAUGGACUUGCCUUCCGGUUCCUGAAUCGGUGACACUGUAGGCUUCCCUCAGCCUGUAACACUUGGUCAAAUCACUGCAAUAAAAUGUUAACACCAAAA